AAGAAUCAGUACGAAUGACACCAGUUGGUCGCUGCGUCAUUCCGUCAUCUGUCGAUCCACAAUACACCAACCAUCUCCCUCCUUUUCUUCCCCUGCUUCUUCCACUUCACACAAGCAAAUCCUUAUGUCUCUCCUCCCCACCCCUCCUGGCUCCGCUCUUACCACCCCCACCACCGCCGCCCCGGCCGCUGCCGCCGGCACCACCACUCGCCCCGCCGUCAUUCUACCCGGGCUGGGGAACAACACAGGGGACUACCAAGGCCUGGCCAUGACGCUGAGGGAGAGGUACGGCAUCCCCUCCGUGGUGGCCAGGGUCUCCCGCUUCGACUGGCUCCGCAACGCCGCCGGUCUCCUCGACCCCAACUACUGGAAGGGCACCCUCCGCCCCCGCCCCGUCCUCGACUGGUAUCUGGAAAGAGUCCACGAGGCCGUCUCUGAGGCCAAGCAGCUCUCUCCACAAGGUGGGAGCUUAUCAUUGAUAGGCCAUUCGGCAGGGGGAUGGCUCGCACGCGUCUACAUGGAAGAAUUCGGGCUGUCUCAUAUCUCUCUGCUGCUCACUCUCGGAUCCCCUCACAUGCCACCUCCGAAGGGCUUGCCAGGGGUCAUCGAUCAAACCCGAGGCCUACUGGAUUACGUUGAAAAAAAUUGUUCACCAGCUGUUUAUACACCACAACUAAAAUAUGUAUGUAUUGCUGGAAGGUAUAUCCAAGGUGCUCGUUUGGCUGGGAACUCAAAUGUUACUUCUGGCAUGAAAGCUACCAUUGAUAAGGAUCAGGGAAUGGCUGAAUCAGAUUCAAAUGUUAGCGACAACAAAUCCAUCUCAGUUUCCCCAACCUUGCGUGCCCGCUUCGUUGGUCAGGGUUAUAAACAGGUCUGUGGGCAGGCAGAUGUCUGGGGUGAUGGUGUGGUUCCUGAAAUGUCUGCCCAUCUGGAGGGCGCACUAAACAUGAGCUUUGAUGGUGUUUAUCACUCUCCUGUUGGUUCAGAUGAUACAAUGAGGCCUUGGUAUGGCUCCCCAUCUGUGUUGGAGAAAUGGGCCCAUCACCUUCUGAAUCCAUAAUUACCUACUCAAACAUAAAAAGUAUGAAAGGUGAAAUCAGCAAUUGGCUUAUCUGGUUGUCUGUUGUUUUAGAUGGCUGUAUAUAUUUGCUGAUGAUUGUACAAUCAUUGGAUAUAAUAGUUUCUGCUGCUACCAUGGCUUAGGUGGUAAUUGUUGAAUUAUCUUAUUCAAGUA